AUGCGUCGUGCUUUGUUCACUCCUGUCCCAUACGCAGCAUUCUCCUCCUCAUUUACACCAAUUAUAUGGUUCGAAGCACUAGAUUACAGGCUUUUAACCGCAAAACAAGGCCUGCAGGCAUCAUCAUCAUCAUCAUCAUCAUCAUCAUCAUCAUCAUCAUCAUCAUCAUCAUCAUCAUCAUCAUCAUCAUCAUCAUCAUCAUCAUCAUCAUCAUCAUCAUCAUCAUCAUCAUCAUCAUCAUCAUCAUCAUCAUCAUCAUCAUCAUCAUCAUCAUCAUCAUCAUCAUCAUCAUCAUCAUCAUCAUCAUCAUCAUCAUCAUCAUCAUCAUCAUCAUCAUCAUCAUCAUCAUCAUCAUCAUCAUCAUCAUCAUCAUCAUCAUCAUCAUCAUCAUCAUCAUCAUCAUCAUCAUCAUCAUCAUCAUCAUCAUCAUCAUCAUCAUCAUCAUCAUCAUCAUCAUCAUCAUCAUCAUCAUCAUCAUCAUCAUCAUCAUCAUCAUCAUCAUCAUCAUCAUCAUCAUCAUCAUCAUCAUCAUCAUCAUCAUCAUCAUCAUCAUCAUCAUCAUCAUCAUCAUCAUCAUCAUCAUCAUCAUCAUCAUCAUCAUCAUCAUCAUCAUCAUCAUCAUCAUCAUCAUCAUCAUCAUCAUCAUCAUCAUCAUCAUCAUCAUCAUCAUCAUCAUCAUCAUCAUCAUCAUCAUCAUCAUCAUCAUCAUCAUCAUCAUCAUCAUCAUCAUCAUCAUCAUCAUCAUCAUCAUCAUCAUCAUCAUCAUCAUCAUCAUCAUCAUCAUCAUCAUCAUCAUCAUCAUCAUCAUCAUCAUCAUCAUCAUCAUCAUCAUCAUCAUCAUCAUCAUCAUCAUCAUCAUCAUCAUCAUCAUCAUCAUCAUCAUCAUCAUCAUCAUCAUCAUCAUCAUCAUCAUCAUCAUCAUCAUCAUCAUCAUCAUCAUCAUCAUCAUCAUCAUCAUCAUCAUCAUCAUCAUCAUCAUCAUCAUCAUCAUCAUCAUCAUCAUCAUCAUCAUCAUCAUCAUCAUCAUCAUCAUCAUCAUCAUCAUCAUCAUCAUCAUCAUCAUCAUCAUCAUCAUCAUCAUCAUCAUCAUCAUCAUCAUCAUCAUCAUCAUCAUCAUCAUCAUCAUCAUCAUCAUCAUCAUCAUCAUCAUCAUCAUCAUCAUCAUCAUCAUCAUCAUCAUCAUCAUCAUCAUCAUCAUCAUCAUCAUCAUCAUCAUCAUCAUCAUCAUCAUCAUCAUCAUCAUCAUCAUCAUCAUCAUCAUCAUCAUCAUCAUCAUCAUCAUCAUCAUCAUCAUCAUCAUCAUCAUCAUCAUCAUCAUCAUCAUCAUCAUCAUCAUCAUCAUCAUCAUCAUCAUCAUCAUCAUCAUCAUCAUCAUCAUCAUCAUCAUCAUCAUCAUCAUCAUCAUCAUCAUCAUCAUCAUCAUCAUCAUCAUCAUCAUCAUCAUCAUCAUCAUCAUCAUCAUCAUCAUCAUCAUCAUCAUCAUCAUCAUCAUCAUCAUCAUCAUCAUCAUCAUCAUCAUCAUCAUCAUCAUCAUCAUCAUCAUCAUCAUCAUCAUCAUCAUCAUCAUCAUCAUCAUCAUCAUCAUCAUCAUCAUCAUCAUCAUCAUCAUCAUCAUCAUCAUCAUCAUCAUCAUCAUCAUCAUCAUCAUCAUCAUCAUCAUCAUCAUCAUCAUCAUCAUCAUCAUCAUCAUCAUCAUCAUCAUCAUCAUCAUCAUCAUCAUCAUCAUCAUCAUCAUCAUCAUCAUCAUCAUCAUCAUCAUCAUCAUCAUCAUCAUCAUCAUCAUCAUCAUCAUCAUCAUCAUCAUCAUCAUCAUCAUCAUCAUCAUCAUCAUCAUCAUCAUCAUCAUCAUCAUCAUCAUCAUCAUCAUCAUCAUCAUCAUCAUCAUCAUCAUCAUCAUCAUCAUCAUCAUCAUCAUCAUCAUCAUCAUCAUCAUCAUCAUCAUCAUCAUCAUCAUCAUCAUCAUCAUCAUCAUCAUCAUCAUCAUCAUCAUCAUCAUCAUCAUCAUCAUCAUCAUCAUCAUCAUCAUCAUCAUCAUCAUCAUCAUCAUCAUCAUCAUCAUCAUCAUCAUCAUCAUCAUCAUCAUCAUCAUCAUCAUCAUCAUCAUCAUCAUCAUCAUCAUCAUCAUCAUCAUCAUCAUCAUCAUCAUCAUCACCAUCAUCAUCAUCGUCAUGAUCAACAUCAACAUCAACAUCAUCGACAUAGGUCCAGGCAUUUUUUUGUAAGUGUCCGAGUUGGCAUACCUCAUAUCAGUACAUCAAGUAAAAAGGUAGUGAGGCGAAGGAUAAAGAUAAGUGAAUGAAUCAAAUGAAAUAUAAAGUACGAGAAUAAAGGAAAGAGGAGUGACAAAAUGGUGAGAUUCGGUAUAGCGUUAUUAAGAUGAGGAUAAUGUGUGUAUACAUCUGCGCCAUUGACUUCGGUUCUCAGCCAUAUCGCCUAGGGUCUCCAACCACUGGUUCCUCUUGUCCCACGGACCCCAACCACCUAGUCUGCAUCGUCCUACAUGGCUUAAAUCAACAGUCAGAGACUUCGUAAAUUGGUGCCAUGUUUUAGUCUGGCUACCUCGGGCUUUUUUCCAGCCUGGACCCACCUCAGUCAACAUUGUGUGACGAGGUAAUCGGUGACUAGGCAUACGUAGUACGUGUCCCAACCAUCUCAGUCGAUGAAGGUUCACAACAUCGGCGACUGACUUACCUCUUCUGCCCAAAACACUACACCUAACUUCUGCAUUACUCACAUGGUGACACCACGGAAUACGUCCUAUACUACGAAGGCAACGUUGGUUAAACACGUGAAACCUUUUUGUAUCCUCCACUUUCAAUGGCCAUGUUUCACAGCCAUACAGUAGAACAGACCGGACUGCUGUGCAGUACACGCGACCCUAAAUAGGCAAACGAAUAUCACGACGGCGCCGCAGGUGGCGCAAGUUGGCAAAAGCCAAUCGAGCCUUUUGUAUCCGUGCAGAAAUCUGAUCGGCAACUAACCCACCAGGGUUGAUCCUACUUCCCAGGUAAGUGAAGUGGUCAACACACUCAACCACUUCACUCUCUAUUGUUAGCCGCGGUACCGCUGAAGACCAGUCCUGGAGCAAACAAUUGCAUUUGGGUGGUGAAAAUCGCAUCCCAAACAUUCUCAAAUUCCCACUCAAAGUGUUUAGAAGACUCUGCAUCUUGUCAGCGUCUUCACCCAACAGGACUAUGCUCUUAAGGACAUCAUGAUAGCCACUCCAAAACUCAAUGUGCACGUGGUUGUCGUCUGGGUGACAAUAUCGGAGUAGACUAUUGACUCUCCAGUUGACAGUUUGGAGAGUCCACUCCCAUUCCAUCUACUUUCGCAAAUUCCAAGCACUUCUAUGCCAUGCCUUCUCAUCUCUUUUGCAAUCUGGGCUGCCCUGCUGGGUUCAAACAUCGUGCGGACAUUCCAUGUCCCCACGUUUACUUUCGCUUUCAUCGAGAGAAGACAUAUCGGCCAAUUGGCUUCCUGAAUACUUUCAUCAACCAACGUCAUUUCGACUCCCCGAUUCCGGCGAGGAAUAAGUUUGUUUUAUGUUUUACAUUUUCUUCAUGCUUUAAAGUUUCUUUGGCGGUUGGAUUGGUUUUGCGGGAUAGGGUUGCUAGCCCUAUGCCUAACCUUGCCUCUUUAUCCGGGCUUAGGACCGACUAGUAACUAGUGAACUAAUUAACCAGGCGAGGUUACAGUAAUUGUAACGUGAUUGAUAUUUUAUAUAUGUUGGAUUAUGGAAAUAAUUCAUGAGCACCAAAAAAGCAGAGCAAAAUGAUGCAGUCUGUUUGGUUUCAGUAAACAGAGACAAUCAUGAUCAUAAAUUUAACUAGAAGAAUGUGGAAUUAUCCAAAGAGUAGGUCCAAAAGCAGCAGGAGAACUUCUAGAAGCAUGGUAUUCCAAUGAAAAGUCAACCAACAGACACAUGGAUACAGACCGAAUCAACAAUCUGCUUAACAAGAAAAUAGCUAUUAGUCAACCAAGUGAAAACUGCCCGAACAAAUCAAUAAUAAAACAGUGCGACAGUAACAAACAGACCACGUACAUUCCAACGGAAAGUUUCUAUCAGCGUUACGAAAUGAAAUGUAAGAUCAAAAAGUGGUGAAAGUCUAUCCGCCAACUUACUGUUGGACAACACCCAACAUCACAAAAAUACUGCGUGAACAUUAGUGUAACACUUGUAUAUGCUUCACUUCCUUAUGCACUUAGUGCUGAGGAUGUCACUAAGCCUGGUGGUGUAAUAUCAGCGAGAAAAUACCAAAGUUCAGGGAAAUCAAACCAUCUAGAGUAUAUGGAAAUAUUGCAUUAUUUCUGCGUCGAACUCUUUCUUUACAAAGUGUAAGUGUCAUUCAGGUAAUUGGCUUGUAAUUCAAGCAUGCACUCAAGGUACUCAAAUUCCCUGACGGUACUAAGCGAGCACAUGACUUAAUUAAAGACCACCUUUUUGAAAUACACUAGUAUUUCAGUUACAAAACCAACCCAGUUAGUAAUAACUUCGAACUCAUAAUAAAAAUUAGUAUGAAGAAGUUGAAUGAGGGCGUUUCCUGCACCUAGAGAUAUCCACUACCUUCCUCGAAAUUAUAAAG